AAUUGCUGUGUAGUUUCGAGCUGUUGAAACCACUGGACUCCACCGCUUUGAAGAACCACAUUAAGAAGGGCCGGAACAAGCGGAACAGCAUGCUCAGCAGUCCUCCUGCACCUGUCUCGGCACAAAGCUAUUAGGUCUUGGUGAUGACAUGCCAAGUAAUCGUCGUCCGUCUUAUGUCACCACCAAGGCGAUGGCCCUGAGCCCGCCAAGGUGGUUGGCGUCCAACGUCCAUCUCCGUACUCGACAGUGCGGCCUCUAUGAACUGGUCGACCGCACAUCGUCACCGCCAGAACGGAUGCUGCGCUACAGCUUCCCGUCGAUACAUGCAUCUCUCAGGUGCCAGCUCCGGAAUUUCCAUUGCAGCGCCGCGUGCUGGUUCUUCCGACCGAAUCUCACCUUGCAGACUUGGCAGACCGGGAUCCGCCAGGUCACCCAGAACCCACCGACAUCCUGAUAAAUCUGCUCCGAGACGCGUCCACAUCGGAUGCCUUAGACAUUUCCUACAGCGGCUUGCCGCUCUCUGGCCUUAUACAGCGGCCGCAUAUUUCCAUCGCAUUAAGAGGAGUCACGACUACGAGCUAACGGGGAAGUCUGGGAGUUGCAGUUUUCCUUUUCUUCGGUUUAUUCUAUCAUUUCUGUACUUUGGAGUCACCUGUCCUCUUCGGGAUCGAAACAAGACUGAUGCGUCACGAUAUGUAUGCUGUCUUCUGAACGCAGAUCAGCAGGUUCUGGGUUGCUUCGCUUUCUUCACUCAUGCUGCAUGGACCAUGGUUGAUUUACGAUAGUUCUGGUAGAUAUUCACAGGGACCUUGGCGUUUGUUUAGCUAAUCAUCUCAUACACACAUUCCAAUGGAACCUUCCAUCUGUAUCACUAGAACGACCGCCCAUCCUAUCGACAGUUGGUACUAAUCCCACACCCUAUACCCACCACCCUGAAAUAGAA